AUGUUCUCCCUGCUUUUGGGUGCCCUGUGUGCCCUGGCGCCUACAGUUUCGGGAGGGGUCUCAUCUAGCGCCCAGCGCAGUGUACUAGGAAAUAAGCACGCUCUUGAUGCCGCCGCAACGUCGCCUUACUCGAUGAAUGUCACGGACUGCCCAGGAUACACUCUAGGGUCGCUUCAAGAGUCUGACAUUGGUCUUACUGCUCAGCUCACACUCGCUGGUCCAGCAUGCAAUGCAUUUGGACUAGAUAUAUCAGACCUCACCAUCGAAGUCACUUACCAGUCGCAGUCCACUUUACAUGUCAAGAUAUAUGACACUGCCAACCAACAGUUUACAAUCCCCGAGUCGGUGAUCGAACGACCUGCUGCGCCAACGACAUCUUAUACAGGCAGCUCUGACCUCAUGUUCAACUAUGAUGCAAUGCCUUUCGCAUUUUGGAUCACGAGACGCUCUGACCCGGACGCAAUGCCCUUGUUUGACACGAGAACUUCAUCACUUCCGCCGACCCCUAUUGCACCUUCCAAUGCAUCUGAUCCAAGUACAGCAUUCGAUGGUUUCCCUCUCGUAUUCGAGGAUCAAUACCUCCAGGUUACUUCAGCUCUGCCGUAUGGCACCAACAUCUACGGAUUAGGUGAAGUUAUUGCCAGCAGUGGAUUUAGGCGCGACAUUGGAACGGACGGGGGCGUCGGCACCAUCCAGACGCACUGGGCUCGCGAUGCUCAAGAUUUCAUUGAUCAAAACUUGUAUGGCUCCCAUCCAAUCUACGUCGAACAUCGGUAUAAUGUGACAACCGGAAAGGCCUCUUCCUCUGGUGUUCUUUUACUUAGUGCUGCGGGUUCAGAUGUCUUCCUGCAGACACCUCCGAACUCGAAAGUAUCAUUAAUCGAGUACCGUGUGAUUGGCGGUAUCUUGGACUUUUACUUCUUUUCUGGUCUCACGGAUACAGAAGUCAUUUCCCAGUACGGUUCAGUCAUCGGGUUCCCUACGUGGCAGCCAGCGUGGGGCUUUGGGUUCCACCUUUGCAGAUGGGGGUACCAUAACAUCAGCGAGGUUAGAGAAGUCGUCGCGCAGAUGCGCUUGGCGGACAUCCCCCUGGAAGUUCAAUGGAACGAUAUCGACUUGUAUCACGCUUACCGUGACUUCACUACUGACCCAGUCAGUUUCCCUGGGGAUGAUGUUCGUGAGUUCAUCCAAGAAUUGGCUGCGAAUCAUCAACAUUACAUCCCUAUUGUCGAUGCCGCCAUUGCUGUCACAGUGAAUUCAACUGACGUUUAUGAUCCUUUCACACGGGGAGUCGAAGAAGAUGUGUGGAUUAAGAAUCCAGAUGGGUCUCUGUACAUUGGGGAAGUCUGGCCUGGGUACACCGUCUUCCCGGACUGGUUCAGCGAAAAUGUGCUCUCUGUAUGGACCGACAGUCUCAGAAACUGGACGGACAUGGGUGUCGAAUUCUCCGGUAUUUGGCUCGACAUGAACGAACCAGCCUCAUUUUGUGGCUCCUCCUGCGGGACUGGCGCCAACUUAUCUACUCCUCCUCCCAAAGUCGUCGCCGCGGUCGUUACCGGGUACCCUGAAUGUUACAAUGAAACAGUAUGGGGACCUAGUGGGAACAUGACUAUCAACGGAACCUCUACAUAUUCAUGCGGAGGUAGUUCGGUAUCCGUGAUAGAAAAACGGGGUGUCGGUGCAGGUGGCGAACAACGCGUCGAUCUCAACAGCCCGCCUUAUGCCAUCCAUAACACGAUCGGAUCCCUUAACACUAUCACUGUGGCGACCAAUGCGACGCACUACGGUGGGUAUGCAGAGCUCGAUGUGCACAACAUGUUUGGAUUCAUGGAGGCGAAGACAACCAACCUUGCUGUUCAAUCAAUCCUACCUGGAAAGCGUCCGUUUUUGAUCGGCAGAUCGACCUUCCCUUCUGCUGGAAAGUGGACUGGUCAUUGGCUUGGUGACAACUACAGCAAGUGGCAGUAUAUGUACCUCAACAUACAGGGUGUGCUACAGUUCCAGAUUUACCAAAUUCCGAUGGUGGGUGCUGACACCUGUGGCUUCAAUAACAAUACCAACGAGGAAUUGUGCAACCGUUGGAUGCAGCUCUCGGCGUUCGUUCCCUUUUACAGGAACCACAAUCGCUAUGCUGCCCUUUCUCAAGAACCUUACCGCUGGCCAAGCGUAGCAAACGCAUCCCGCAUCGCCAUCGCUGCGAGAUACGCCCUGCUGCCGUACUGGUAUACACUCUUUGCCAAUGCCUCGAUGGCUGGUCUUCCGCCUGUCAGAGCGUUAUUCUACGAGUUCCCUGAUGAGCCUGAGCUCUUCACCGUGGACAGGCAAUGGCUCGUUGGAAGUGACAUCCUAGUCACUCCGGUGCUGACUCCCGGAGCCACGAUUGUUGAGGGUAUCUUCCCUGGUCGCGGUAGUGUAAUCUGGCGUGACUGGUACACUCACGCCGUCGUAAAUGCAACAUCCGGAGGAAAUACGACCCUAGAUGCCCCCAUCAGCCACAUCAACGUCCACAUCCGCGACAACUCUGCUCUGCUAUUGCACCACGAGCCCGGGUACACGACCUACGAGACUCGCGAAGGCCCCUAUGCGCUGCUCGUAUCACUCAAUGCAGCAGGCACUGCAUUCGGCAAUGCAUAUGUAGAUGAUGGGAUCAGUUUCCCACCUGGGCCAAGUCGGAUCCUGACGUUUCAGGCUGCCGAUGACACGCUGAAGAUUGAGAGCAAGGGUGAAUAUGCGAUUGAGCAAAAGUUGGAGACGAUUGCUGUGCUUGGCGUGCAGAAGCCAACGCAGGUCACGUUGCAAGGAUUGCCAGUUGGGGUGUGGACCUAUAAGGAGGCGACUGAAGAGCUAGUGGUGUCGAAUGCGACCGUCGACCUCAAUGGACAAUUUAUUUUAACAUGGAAGUAG